AUGUCCCUCCGCUGGCUGCUCUCCCGCACCUUUGCGCUCCUUCUUCCACUCACAGUGACCGCCACUGUUUACCUAUAUUUCUACCCAGUUUUCAACGGAUGCGCCUUUCCUCUGCCACAGUCUACCUCAGGGUCAGCUGAGAAGCGACUAUACCAUAAUUCAGUGAUCAACACGCUUCUCCAACAUUUUGGCGGUUCAACCUCAGACACAAAUAGUCAACCCGCCAUCUUCAGACUCCUAGUCCUCGCGGACCCCCAAUUAGAAGGCGACUCCUCACUCCCUUUCCCUGAAUAUGAAUUAUACCCCCGCAUGCAGACCCACUGGCGCGCCAUCCAGGAAGCAAUCGGCAAUGCCUCCACUUCACCUAUGCUGAACGAGGACGUCCUCUCAAACAUCACAACCGGUCUCCAAACCCUCGCAACUGAAGACAUCCCACGCGCCUUCCAUUCUGGCUUGAAACGUCUCGACCUCUUCGGCAACGACUACUACCUCGCACACAUCUAUCGCACGCUCUUUUGGUGGACCCGGCCGACGCACACAACCGUCCUGGGCGAUUUGGUGGGGAGCCAGUGGAUCUCCAACGACGAAUUCGCCUGGCGUAGACACCGGUACUGGAACCGUGUGUUCCGCGGCGGAGAGCGGGUCGACGACAAUAUCACCAGAACUGGUGCUGUGGGCUGGAGUCAGGGCGAAGGCAGCAAUGCGCCGCAGUCGGAACCUCUGGGUGCGGAUCGGGCUUGGGCCAGGCGCGUGAUCAAUGUCGCGGGAAACCAUGAUAUUGGAUAUGCGGGGGACAUCAGCGAGGCGCGGAUGGAGCGAUUUGAGCGUGAGUUUGGCCGUGCAAAUUGGGAUGUGCGGUUCGAACACCCACCAAUCCUGUCCUUAUCUGCGUCUGCUGAAGAUCAGCUUGUUACCCCUACUCUGCACCUGAUUAAUCUCAAUUCCCUCAUGUUCGAUACUCCUGCACUAUCUGCGGAUGUCCAGAGCCAUACAUAUUCUUAUCUGAAUGAGCUGAUCGCCAAUCGACUCUCGCCGGUCGAGGACCGGUCCGCGUUUACUUUGCUUUUGACACAUCUACCCCUGCACAAGGAAGAUGGCGUGUGCACUGACGGGCCAUAUUUCUCAUUCCGCGAUUCUGACGACAAGGAUGGUCCCAACGGUGUGCCCCGGUGGCUUGACGGUGGUCUCAAGGAGCAGAAUCAUCUCAGCGAUUCACUCAGCGCUAGCGCGAUCCUGCAAGGCAUAUUUGGGCUGAGCGGCAACGAGAAUGCGCCUGCUGGUGGUCGCGGCCGGAACGGGUUAAUUCUUACGGGCCAUGACCACACGGGGUGUGAUACCGUUCAUUUCGUCAACCGAACUGAAACAGUCGACGACGACGAUAUGUCUCAGGCCUGGAAGUGGGCUGCGAAGCGCUUCAACAAGAGCCAGCACAUCGACGACCCUUCUAUCCGGGAGGUGACCCUCCGUUCGAUGAUGGGAGAGUUCGGUGGUAAUGCCGGACUCCUUUCGGCGUGGUUUGAUGAGGCCGCCGGCGAGUGGAGCUAUGAGAUCACUAUGUGUCCAGCUGGCGUGCAGCAUUUCUGGUGGGGGGUUCAUAUCCUCGUGCUAGUGACGCUGGGUGUGGCUCUGCUCUGGUUCUUAUCUUGUGAUGCUCAGUCGAAGACGGUUGCUCGGAAAGUCCAAGAGAAGACUCGGGAUGGACCGAAGAAAUAA